GUUUUUUAUUUAUAUGUCUGUGGUCCAACUGAGUUCAGAUGGAGUGCUGUGUGUGUGUGUGUAGAUGAGCUGGAGUCAUGAGGCUGUGUUGCUCCGAGUGGUUUUAAUCAGCAGCCUGUUAGGGGAGAAUGGAAAACGUCUGACAGGGCUAAGAACCAAGUCGGGGGACUGCUUCCUGGAGGGCUGCUUGUCGUAGUCCAUUUUGCUCCGGAGACCUCGAACUUCUCACCGGCUGAUGCCAUGGGAAAGCACAAGCCCAGAAGUGAUGGAGAGCACUUGUGUUUCCCCACGGACAAGUCACGUUUCUCCCUUUAUUUCACGCUGGUGAACAGUAGCCACAGUGACUCUUCCUGCAAUGUGGAAACGGGACAACAUUAGAAACCCAUGGUGGCCAUGGCUUGCCGGCAGAUUCUGCCUGGCCGGAGGUGGUGUCGACUUCGCCCGUUCCUGGUGGUUCUGGUGCUGGCUGCUUGUCUUUUCUACCAGACCCUGACACCCUUAAGGACGAGGAGAUACAUUUCACCCGUUGGCAAUGGAGUUCUAUCAGAGAAAGUGGUUUCGGAGUUGGUACAGCACAGGAGGUACAAGGAGAUCUCAGCAAGGCAAGCCCGUUGCUUCCUCCCUUCAAGCAAUCUGCAAGUACGGAAGGAGAUGGAGGACUCCAUUUUUAAAUUCUUUGGAAGUCAGACAAGGGCAGUAAUACUGUACAUCCCGUCUUCCGGCAGUGAACAAGACCUCCUGUUAUAUCGGCACAUCCUUGCACAGCACCGUUAUAGAGUUACAGUCCUUGAAGACAGGAAACUGAGCGGACAUGAAAUCCCCAAUCCAGAUGAAUUAAGCUCUUGGGAUCUUUUGAUUUGCCUAUCUUCCAGCAAAACCGACCACGAAAAUUGCUUAAAUACAGUGGAAUCGCAUGGAGCAACAUUAAUGCAGAAGGCAAAUGCCGUUCCCCAACUACAGCGCCUGCUUUGCAGGAAAGAAGGGUUAUGCCAGAUAGUCAGAACAUUUCCAGAUGUGCAUCUUCCAGUUGCCCUUUCUGCCUGCCCCGAAUCGAACAUUGCGCCUCUUCAUACCGUGAAGUCCCAAGACGAUAACAAAAGGACAAGUUUUACACAAAUGUUGCAUCGGCCGAUCGAGAACUCUCAGCAGCAUCCGUCACCCGUUAAAGACACCUUUAAAAUUCAAGACAUUUCAGUCAUCAUCAAAGUGUACGUGCUGGUGACAUCUUUAACACCUCUGCGGGCAUUCAUUCAUUCAACUGCUGUCGUCUGGUAUCCGCCCAAGAAGAAGCUCUUUUCAGUCAAGCUGCAAGCCUUUUUCGAAACCGUCUUGAAAGGCAGUUCCCCACAGCAGGCGCUGGAGGACAUGAAAGAAGCAAUAACCAAACUCUUAUUGAUAACUGAGGUUUUUAGUGAAGCCCCUUCUUCCGGACCAAAGGCCUCCAGCCAGUGCAGUUCCUGCUUUCAGAUGCUAACCUUUGACGUUGGGCUCAGCCGCUCUAUGGAUCCGGUUGUUCUUGAGGUACAUGAACACUUUGAUUUUCAAGCUGACGGAGAGUCGGAUUUUCAGGACCAAACUGUUAAAGAAACCCUUCUUGGAGAUACUUUCAGAAUUCUCUUAUCAAAUCAGUCAUCUUCCUCUACUUUCUUUGAGGCUUUGCAGAAUGCUUACCGAUCAGCAGGGAUUAAGGAAGAGCAUCUCCCAAAGGAAUCUGACCACUGUCUGACUUUAAAAGAACUAAACCCACUGAUCAAUUUUGUAAAAGAGCUGCAGAAUCUAGGACAAUAUGAAGUGCUAUUCCCCUCCGUUGUUCCCAAGACCCAUUUUUUGAUGCAUGACCUUUAUCGUAUGGUGAAUCCGGGGGAAAAGCUUGGCUCGAUUCUGGCUGUGCAUUGGCUCCUUUCAAAUUUACUUGAACAGAUGCACGUCAUUAACAAAGUACCACGUGCAAACCUUCCAAAGAGGCAAAACAAGGAUUCCAGAAACAUGCCUUGGGUGAAAACCAAACGGUCAAGCCUUAGGACUGGUUACUCAGAGAAGGGUGGCUUGAAAACAAGAUCUCCUGCAAUUAGAGAAAAACAUGAAGGUUUGCGUUUUUUAAAUCUGGCUGAUGAAAUACACUGCAGUCAUGAUAAAGAUUCCCUACCUCAUAUCAAGCAGAUCUCCACCAAUCCACAUUUGGAUUUAAAUCCUAAUUUUGACCCAAAGAUCAAGGAAUACUACUCUGAAGUCCCAUUUGAUGUGGUGACAAUAAAUAUUAGAGCAGAGCCUGCAAACUGUCGCUGUGAAGUCCACCUCGAUGAGAAGAACGGACCAAGUGUUGCAAAUUACCCUCUUGGACUAGGAAUGAACAGAAUAAAUAUCCUGGUAACAGAUAGAUCUCAAUCACCCCACGAGGUUGUGAGCAUGUACAAAAUCAUCAUUUACCGAGAAGACCGCCCAAGCUUGCCAUUGUUUGACGACUUUAUGGUCUGUGGCUUUGUGCAGGAUUGUGGCACACUCAUUCAUCCUGAAGAACCCUGUGGCUUGCAACCUCUCUCUGCUGACUACCUGUCAGCCAUUUCAGAGCCGCAGUUGAAAACAUGUGAAACAGGAGACACAAAAGGACAAUGGAUUGUGCCCUGUCUGAGUUGUUCUGACAACAGAACCUGUGAUUGGAGGCAGAUAACAUGGCAGCCGCACGAUUGUCAGUAUCCCAUUGUGAACAAACCAGAGCUCCAACAAUGUGUAAAAAACAAAAAGGUUCUUUUCAUUGGCGAUUCCACCAACAGAGGGAUGAUGUAUUACUUAAUGGAGAGAGUGAACGAGACCCUCCAAGAAUGGCAAAAGGCUCAUGACAUGAAGUUCUAUCAUAACGUGAACAACGGGGACACUUUUAUCAGCUACUCCUAUUACCCCCAGUUUUGGAUUGACAUAAAGCAAAGACCAACCUUUGAAGAGGCUCUUGAGCAGCUGCUACUCAGAUCACAGCCGCUAGAGAACACAGACCAGACUAUAUUAGUUGUCGGUGGUGUCCAAUGGCUCAAUUUCAACCACUUACAUAUUAUUCAAAAAGUGCUGAAGCGAGCGAAUCUGUCAAAUAUCCUGGUAGUGAUAAAAUCCCUGGGAAUGGGCUUUCACCUGCCAGUGGAUGGAGUGCAUUCCUUGUCACCAGCCGAAGUGCGAGAUCUGUGGAAGGAAAACCGAGCUAUUUUGAACACUGCAAAGCAAUAUGGCUACGAAGUGGUCGACACUUUUAUUAUCACCAUGGGACGGUACAAGGAGUUUUUGCAAGGGAAGUGCGGGUGCCAUUUUCACGAGGUGGUGAAAUCUAAAGCUUCUGAAGGAAGCUCUCCCAUGGCAAUGAUGUUAUCGAGGCCCUAUGCUCUGGGCAAAUUUUUCAACAGCCAAAGCAACCUGAUGAAACUGCAAGCCUAUGCCUCAAAUUCUCAGUCCCCUUAUCAUGUGCGAGGUCCAAUAAACCAGGUGUAUUCAGAAAUCCUCCUCAGCCGCGUCUGUGCAAAUGGCAGGAAGGUUCUUGGAAUGUAACUUUGCUCGGCUGAAGUGCCUCGUUCCAGCCUCCUCUCUUUGCCAUGUGGCGAUGCACAGGCCAUACCAGAUUUGGAUAUUUUAUUUUAUUUUACACACUUCUCUGUGUGGCUGAACAUACCAGCAUAACUCAAGACAUGUGGCACUUUCCGCAAAGCCUUAUAAAAUCAAGAUGUGUCCACACGUAUCGGUGGUUUCAGAACAGGAGACAGAGAAGCACGAGAAAUGGCGGUGAGGGCAAAGGGAGGGGGAGGGCGUUACUUGAAAUACUGCCAAAUGUUUAAACAGUUGUAAGCUAAGCAAAUGUAAUGUUAUAUAGGAUGUGAUAUAUUUUGCCCGAGUAUAGGUACAGAUUAGGAUGCUAUAUCGCCGGUGAAACAAAUCUCAUUCCAUUUUGAAGAGUUUUAUGGCAUAGCAAAA